AUGGUGUCUGCAAUCAUCCCAGAUUCCAGUUUGGAAAAUGAUACCUUUUGGGUGCUGGUGCUACAUGCUGGGUGUAGAAAGGCUUCUGCUGACCUGGGCCCCAUCUUCCUGAAGCAGGUCUGCGUCCUGAAGCAGGUCUGCGUCUUCCACCCAUCCACAGAAACAGCCUUAUCAAAGGUGAAUAAUGGUCUCCUCCUGGCCAAAUCCAAUGGCCUCUACUCCAUCCUUCCCGACCACACGGCUGCCUAUAUCACUGUUCUUGCUGCUCUGAGCCAUCUGCUUCAGUGUGCCAUGAACCUGGGGAGGAAGAACAAGGAGACAGAAUCAGACAUGUCAGCAGUUUCAGAGGAUUUCAGAGAUUCCCACCACCGACAGCACAGCACAAAUGGAAGACAAGACUCCCACUUUGACACUCGAGCCCAGGGGCUGACAGAACUCAGUAAAGCCUGGCACAAAACAGAACUUGCUGCCAUUCAGGAUACUUCUGUGCCCAUGUACUUCCUCCAUCUGAAAACCCUCCCCAUGAAGCAAAAUAAGAAGAACUUCAACAAACUGUUGAUGGUUUCCUUUGAUGGGUUCCGCUGGGACUAUGACCAGGAUGUCAACACCCCAAACAUGGAUCAGCUGGUGAAGGAGGGGGUGAAGGCUAAAUACAUCACCCCACCAUUCGUCACCAUGACAUCUCCAUCCCAUUUCACCACCAUCUCCGGACGCUGGAUUGAAGACCAUGGAGUCAUUCACAACAUGAUGUUUAACACAGAGACGCUGAAGAAAUUCUCCCAUAAAGUGACACAGAACAAGACUGAGUGGUGGGACAACGGUGUGCUGCCCCUGUGGAUUACAGCCCAGAAACAGGGGAGGAAAACGGCCUCAUUUCAUUACCCAGGGGGAGGUGCCAACUACAGUGGUCAGGCUGUCCAGAGGUCCCUGGUGGAGUCUUUAACUCAUCCGGACAGCAACGAGACGGAGUGGCGGGAGAACAUAGAUAUCGUUAUGAACUGGUUCACCAAGGAGGAAUUUGAUUUUGUGACCCUCUACUACGGAGAACCAGACAAUGUGGGACACCUGGCAGGUCCAGAAACAGAAAAAAGAAGACUUAUAAUUCAACAAAUUGAUCGAACCAUUGGCUACCUGGUAGAAGCUAUUGAGAAGGCUGGCUUGAAGGACAGACUUAAUGUCAUCAUUACAUCAGAUCAUGGAAUGACUACAAUCAAAAAGCAGCCUGAAGCCAAUGAAAUUAAAUUAUCCAACUACAUCAAAUUCAAGGACUUGGUGAAAUUUGAUAUAGUGGAUUAUGGAGGCUUUGGCAUGAUUCUGCCCAAACCGGGGAAGGAAGAGAGCAUUUACCAAGCCUUAAAAAAUGCACAUCCCAACUUACAUGUAUACAAGAAAGAAGAUUUUCCUGAGCAUUUCCAUUUUGCAAAACAUGAACGGAUUUUGCCGAUCUUGCUUUAUGGUGAUUCUGGUUACAGUGUUAAUGGGCGGUUUAUACUCUAUGUCAACAAAGGGGAUCAUGGAUUUGAUAAUGCACACAUGGACAUGAAGACAAUAUUUAGAGCUUUUGGGCCAGAUUUCAAGAAAGAUCAUUUGACUGAACCCUUUGACAGCAUUCACAUUUACCCACUGAUGUGUAAACUUCUGGGAGUCAUCCCAGAACCACACAAUGGAUCUCUUGCAGUUACUCAGAACAUGCUUUUGGACCCUUUUGGACAGCAGUCAGAUAAAAAAAAUGAUGUGGAUUUUCAAGGCAUCUCUAUUGGUCUCGGAGUUCUUACAGGAAUUAUUGUCAUCGUAUUCAUCUCGAGUGUGGUGUACACUGCCAUCCAGAGAAAGAAGAGGCCUGGAGUAACUCUUAAGGCUAUUCAAUUGUAUGGAGACCCCUCGGGACACUUGAUAGCAUCAUGCCACCCCGGGAUCCAGAGUUCUCCUUGUCAUCAUUACUAG